CAUAAUAUUUAUCUGAGGUACACACUUAUAGAAAAGAGAGGAAAGAAAGAACAAGCAAAAGGAGAAAACUAUGUACAAGUAGGGGUGAUCUUUUUUUAACAACAUAUGUGCUGCAUAAUCAAAGUAUGUAAGCUACCUUAUUAUUUAUAUUUAUUGCAUUUUUUCUUAAUGUAUUUUAUAUGAUGCAUUGGAUCCAGAAUCAUAUUUAUUUUGUGUACUGGAAAUGACAUUAAGCAAUUUUUGAACCUGAAUAGGUGGUGUUUGAGCUGUAGAGGUGUCGAGAGAGCAGAGCAGUGGCCCUCUAAGCAUCCUUGAGGUCGCAUAUGUUGAUUGUCAGCAUAGAGGAGAUGUUAUUUACCAAUUCAUACUGACUGUGGUAAUUUCCACACCAUUUCAUCUGGCAUUCUCCUAUGGAUCUUUAAAAGGCACCUUACUCUAUCUAAUCUACAUAUUGUCCCCCAGUAAAAUUACCUGAAAACAUUGAGCUCCGCCUAACCAUUACUUCUCUCCACCCUUCCAUUGACCUGUUUGACAGGUUGCUUGUUCAGUAUUCCAUGUUGGAAGAGCAGAAAUUUCUCAACAAAAAGAUGGCUAAUCACAGUUCCAAUGCCAUAUUUAAGUUUGCUGACAAUACCACUAUUGUAGGCCACAUCAAAAGUGGUGACAAAUCAGCACAUAGGAGGGAGAUUGAAAACCUGGCUGAGUGGUGCCAUAACAACAACCUUUUACUCAAUGUCAGCAAGACCAAGAUGGUGAUUAUUAACUUCAGGAGGAGGAAACCAGAGGUCCAUGAGCCAGUCUUCAUCAGAGAAUCAGAGAUGGGGAGGGUCAGCAACCUUAAAUUCCUUGCUGUUAUUAUUUCGAAGGACCUGUCCUGGGCCCAGCACAGCACCAUUACUUCCUUAGUGGUUUGCGUAGAUUUGGCACGACAUUUAAAGCUUUGACAAACUUCUAUAGUUGUGUAGUGGAGAGUAUAUUGACUGCCUGCAUCACAACCUGGUAUGGAAACAUCAAUGCUCUUGAAUGGAAAAUCCUACAAAAUAUAGUGUUAAAGCCCUCCCCAACAUUGAGCAUAUCUACAUGAAAGAUGUUGCAGGAAAGCAGCAUCUGUCAUUAGAGACGCCAAUCAUCCAGAACAACUGCUACCAUCAGGAAGAAGGUACAGGAGCCUCAGGAUCCUGAGAGGCAGAAUUUAUGAACAUUUGGAGAGAUAUAAUAUAAUUAGGAAUAGUCAGCAUGGCUUUGUCAAGGGCAGGUCGUGCCUUACGAGCCUGAUUGAUUAUUUUGAGAAUGUGACUAAACACAUUGAUGAAGGAAGAGCAGUAGAUGUAGUAUAUAUGGAUUUCAGCAAGGCAUUUGAUAAGAUACCUCAUGCAAGGCUUAUUGAGAAAGUAAGGAGGCAUGGGAUCCAAGGGGACAUUGCUUUGUGGAUCCAGAACUGGCUUGCCCACAGAAGGCAAAGAGUGGUUGUAGAUGGGUCAUAUUCUGCAUGGAAGUCUGUCACCAGUGGAGUGCCUCAGGGAUCUGUUCUGGGACCCUUACUCUUUGUGAUUUUUAUAAACGAUCUGGAUGAGGAAGUGGAGGUAUGGGUUAGUAAGUUUGCUGAUGACAGAAAUGUUGGAGGUGUUGUGGAUAGUGCGGAGGGCUGUCAGAGGUUACAGCGGGACAUUGAUAGGAUGCAAAACUGGGCUGAGAAGUGGCAGAUGGAGUUCAACCCAGUUAAGUGUGAAGUGGUUCAUUUGGUAGGUCAAAUAUGAUGACAGAAUAUAGUAUUAUAUUGGCAGUGUGGAGGAUCAGAGGGAUCUUGGGGUCCGAGUCCAUAGGACGCUCAAAGCAGGUUGACUCUGUGGUUAAGAAGGUGUAUGGUGUAUUGGCCUUCAUCAAUUGUGGAAUUGAAUUUAGGAGCCGAGAGGUAAUGCUGCAGCUAUAUAGGACCCUGGUCAGACCCCAUUUGAAGUACUCUGCUCAGUUCUGGUUGCCCCACUACAGGAAGGAUGUGGAAGCCAUAGAAAAGAUGCAGAAGAGAUUUACAAGGAUGUUGCCUGGAUUGGGGAGCAUGUCUAAUGAGAACAGGUUAAGUGAACUCGGCCUUUUCUCCUUGGAGCGAUGGAGGAUGAGAGGUGACCUGAUAGAGGUGUAUAAGAUGAUGAGAGGCAUUGAUCAUGUGGAUAGUCAGAGGCUUUUUCCUAGGGCUGAAAUGGUUGCCACAAGAGGACACAGGUUUAAGGUGCUGGGAGUAGGUACGGAGUAGAUGUCGGGGUAAGUUUUUCACUCGGAGAGUGGUGAGUGCGUGGAAUGGGCUGCUGGUAACGGUGGUGGUGGCAGAUAAGACAGGGUCUUUUAAGAGACUUCUGGAUAGCUACAGGGAGCUCAGAAAAAUAGAGGGCUCUAGGUAAGCCUAGAAAUUUCGAAGGUAGGGGCAUUUCUGGCACAACUCUGUGGGCCGAAGCGCCUGUAUUGUGCUGUAGGUUUUCUAUGUUUCUAUAUAUAUAUAGUUACAGCGAAAUUCCUCUCUUGAAGUUACUAUCUCACAAAUGAACUGCAAUAUCUGGAUACAACGGUACACUGUAUAUCAUAACCAUAAUACCAGGAACUCUUACACACCCUAAAAACAAAUGGAGUCACAGAGAGAUACAGUACAGAAACAGGACCGUCUGUCAAUGCCAACCAUCAAUGGCCUAUUUAAAAUAAUUCUACUUUUCAGUCUCCCCUUAUUCUCAUCAUCUCUUCUGCAUUCCACUCAUCACCUGCUUGGUGGAGGUAAUUUGCAGUGGCUACCACCCUGCAUAUAUAUUUUUUGUCCUCUCCUUAAUCCAAUUUACUCACAUUGUUCUGCAAGCUCUUGACUUUCUUCCAGUCUAUCUCCCUUUACAUACACUCUGUCUAGAUACUCUGCUUGACACUGGAUCUAGUCUAUGUUUUCUGGUUUCACUAAUAGCUUUGAAAUAGACUUGGCACUUGUAAAGAACCUGAAUAUGCCAACAUGACCUCCAUUCUCAUCUAGAAAUUCAUGAAAUACGCACUCAAGAAAGCCGCAGUGUCACUUUUGCAUUUCCCUUUAAUCUUGUCAUCAAAGUUGAGGCAGGAUGGUGGGAUAGACGAGUUAAAUGUUUUGGGGUUGCAUUUUUGAGAUCAAUUAAAAGCGUUAUUUCCCUAAGCUUACAACCUUUUGACAUUGGUGCUAAUAUGACGACAUGGCCAUUUUCUGUAUUUUCAUAUUAAAAUUUGCUUUGUGAAAGUGAAUGUAUAUAGAUGAAUAGUGUUUUGUUAAACUCAAUUGCAAAAGUUUGACGCGUAGGUCACAUUUUAAAGCAAUAAUUCCCCCUCCCCGACAGAAAAAACAUUAACUUUAUAUCAUUUAUUUCUCAGGACCGUUUAAAGCUGCCAAUAGUAUUUGAAUUGUUGCAAAAUUCAUCACAUGAUCUUCUUGUAACUGCCCUUUUUAAUGCUCAUUUUGAAUCGUUUUUAUCCUGAUAAAUCGAUUCCCCUACGAUUUUGUUUUCUCUUGAGAUGUUCACACCAACAACUAGGAGAUUUGAGCUAUUUUGGGGCAUGCAGGGCCAAGACAGUCCUGAAAUCUUGUUAAGUUCAGGCUGGUAAGAAUUAGACAUGACAUUAAAAAUCCACGCUUAAUUGUGUAAACUUCCAGAAAGAUGGCAUUGCAAACUUUCCGAGGCGUUUGACAGGCAUGGCUGGGUUCCUCUGAGUUUCAGCUUGUUGCUGGACGGGGUUGAAAAGGGCCAGGGUCCGCCGCGGGUGGAGGACCGGAGUGUUUGGCGGGGCAGGGGCACGGACACGGAUCAGAGGGGGAGGAGCAGACACCGGGGCCGGUGUCGGGACCGGCACCUACGCAGGCGGCAGUGGCGGGAGCAGGGGCUGGUGCCGCCGCUUCCCGCUGGAGUUGAUGGACGAAAGGAAAGAAGAUGGCGGCGCCCACGUAGGGCGGAUCAUGGCGGACGCCUCAAGGUGCAAGCACAGAAAGCAGGCGAAUCCGAGGAGAAAGCACGAUUAUGCAUUGCAUUGAACUGCUGCUGCUAAGUUAACAAGCAAGGUUCAUCCAUUGUCAUCGAUGAAGACCUUGACACCAUUGAUGGUGUUGAGACGAGCGCUUGAUUUGGAUUUCAGUGAGGGAGAGUUGCGCAACGUUAGCCUCACUCUCUCUUCCCAAUUCCCAUCUGAAUCCAGCGGCAAGACAAGAGUCGAGGCAGCUGGAGAUGGGACUGGGCGAAUGGAUGACCAGGAUGUCUUCUGUGUCUUGUUGUGCUCUACGCGUUCCGUGACGCUUGCAGACACUGCCUUCUUGACCAUUGGACCUUCCAUUGGUUUCGUCCGCUCAAUCGCCAUAGUCUGUCUUCACAUGCUGGGACAGACGACUCCCUAUCUCACCAAAGGUUUGAGACCCGUCGGCUACCCUCACCUGGUUUAGCCGGUUUGUUGAAGCUGUUGCUCGGGGUGUGGCUGCUGCCGCAUGCAAACAGCUACGGGGAGCCACAGUUGAGAGCUGAGUGCCAGCCAAGGAACAAAUAUUAAUGAAUGAAGAUCCAAAUGUCUGUUUUAAAGAAAUUAGUGAAGAGUCUGCAAAGAAAGAAAUGGUGUUUCAAGAUGUAAAGCCAAUGCUCCAUGGUGAAGAUAUCACAAGAGAAUCUGACCAAAGAGGAAUUCUUCAAAAUGAAAUCAAGAAUGAAGCAGGCAGUGUAGACAGCAGCAAAAAAUCAACCUGUGGGGAGAUGCAGGAUUUUAUCCAUGACUCAUCAAAGUAUCCUGAUGCACAAGGAUCUUCAUCGGGUUUGGCUGUGCAGAAGAGGACUUUACAGGCCAAGGGUCAUUUCAGAACCAUUGCUCCAAAAGUUAAUCUCUCACCGGUAAUGGCACCUGCUUCUUCUAUUCUCCCUCCAUCUGCUACCAUCAAUGGAAUUUCUUCUGGAUCCAAGACCUCGUCCGAUAUUCAGUCCAAUAACUGUCCACCAAAGCCCAUUAUCAUGCCUGCUCGGAGCUAUGCGCUGAUGCCCAUUGUGGGUAAAGAAGGAACAUACUCACUGGUUGCGUUGUCACAAGUUGCUGCAGCUCCCUCACAAGCAUCUUUAAAAGUUGACAAGACAACUGUAACCUGCACUGGUCAGCCGCAAGUUUCUAAAGGAUGCAGGUCUUCGGUAGUAUUUGGGCAGACAACACCUCAGGCUGCUGCUCCUGAGAAAUUACCAAUACCACGGUAUCAGUCCCUCUGGACCAAACCAGCCACAAAGCAAUGCCGAGUCUCAAAACUAGCAGUGGUAAAGCCUAGUAAUCUUCAAUGUCUAUCGAAAGUGACGUCAGUACAGGUGCAACCAACUCCGGUACCUGGGCACUCACAAAUUAAUCCAAGUGUCGAAGCACCUAAAACAGGAUUGUUGACUGAAGGUGAGAAAACAGCUAUUGCAACAGCUGAUAGCACAGUUUCUGCCACAUUACCCCGAGAUGCCGAUGUGACAGUUGGACACCCAACCACCUCCAAGGCUGACAAUCCGAAAAGCAGUGAAAUCAGCCAAACAGUAUCUCGUACUGUUUCAACCAGCAUGAACAGAUCCAUGCUGAACACUGCGAUAUUUAAAGGUUCUUUUAAAUCAAAGCCAGAUUUGUUGAAAGCAGCAUGUAGCCUUUCAUCUUGGUCUGUUGUCCAAUCAGACCAACAAUCCCCUGUUAUCUCAAAGCAAAAUCAAUCUGUUGGUUCUUUGCCAAUGAUGCAGUUUGGAAACUCUGUUCAGUUUAUUGCACCUUCUCCUGCUCCAAAAGGCAAAGUUCCCAUUUUACCCUACUCACAAGUAAAACACACCAUCUUUCUUAAUCCCAAACAAAAUCAAGUUCCUGUGCCACCAUCUCCUCAAUUCAUGUCUAGAGUUCACUCAGCAAAUUCAGGAAAUGAUCUGUCUACUGAUGUGCCUAAAAAUAUUUGUGUGGUUUCUGACUUUCACAGGGUGGGUACUCAGAAACCACGUAGUCAGCUGACAUUUAUACCAGCAGAAAGAAUUAGUCCACAUACUUCAAAAAAGGUGAUUAUAAAUAGAUUAAAGAGGCCAAGUAGCAAUAUACUCAAGCACAGAUUAGCAAGGAAAAGAAAAGUUACAGACAGCGUGGCUAUAUGUAAAACAAAAAGGUUUCAGACCUGUGAUCUGAGCAAAGUGCAGGAAGAAAAGGAGAAGACAAAAUGUGUUUCUUUUCAGGAAUGUGGCACUUACAAAGCUAAAGAAGAAAAUAUAAAAACAAUGACAAAUAAAAAUUCAGAUAAAACAGCAGCUGUGUUGAAAAAGUUUUGUAACAUCAUGCCAAAACCUGUGGCUGCUAUGCAAGCUGUAGCCCCGUUGGCAUUCUCAGGAGGAAUUGUUGCAGUGCAGAACCAUGACAGUUUAAAAUCAGGGGCAGCGCCAAGCAGUACAACAAUAAGUAAGAUUGGUAAUUUUGUGCAAGCUGCCAACACGUCUAUCUACUGCAGAAAUCCACCUGAGCACUUGGAUGAACAAGCAUACAAAUGCAACGUUUGUAAUCGAGCAUUUCAGUUUAAACAUCAUCUUCAAGAUCAUUUGAAUAUUCACUCCAAAACCAGGCCUUAUUGCUGUAGAAUUUGCCACAAGGCCUACAGUCACUCAGGCAGCCUGAGCACUCAUAUGAAACGAUGUCACGGUGAAGUACGACGGAAAAAGCUAAUGUGCUGCGAGUUUUGUGCAAAGCUUUUUGGAAAUAUUGGAGUUUAUUUUUUUCACCUGAAGGAGAUCCACAAGGUCUUAAUCAGUGAUGAGCCUUUCAACAAUUUGCUUAUGCAAAAUAAGAACAACCAAAGUGGAAAGUCAGAGCAGAUGGAAACCAUGUGUUGUUUGCCUCCAUCAGACAGAAAGCAAGCUGAAGGUAAGCAAUCAGGAGCUGAAGUAGCUGUCCCAGGUGCCCUGCAGAUAAAAUGUGCCCGCUGCCAGAUUGUUACCCCCACUUUCAUUGAUAUGAAACUUCACCUGCUGUGUGUUCAUGAGGAAGAGCUGCAGCUGAGGAUGGAAGAGGGAUCAGUGAAAGAGAAAAGCAGAUGCAUCAGUGGAUUUCCUAUUUACUCUAGUGCGGAAACAGAACGAGAGCUUUUCAAGCAUGCAGCAAACUAUUGGAAGCAAUUUGGCGAGAAGAAGAAUGUGGUAAAGUGUGGUAUUUGUGAAGAAGCGUUCCACUCUUGCUUUAAGUUGAAGAAGCAUAUGGUCUUGCAUUGCAAAGAACAGCUCCAGUUAGAGGCUGCAGACGUGAGCACAGUUCCUGAGGUUAAAAAACUACAAUUUUUAACAAAUGUUGGAUUUAAUUGUAUCUUAUGCAAACAGAAAUAUGGAAGCAGGUCUGAAAUUUUCAGGCACUGGCAAAGUUAUCAUAAGUGCCAAGAUCCUGCUGUUCUGUGGACUAUCUUUAAUUCCUUAAUUGAUCAUUGCAGAAUUGAUGAGAAACAGACUGAGAUUUCAUCAGAGCACAGUGCUGUCAGCACUGAACCUUUUUGCAGACACAUUACAGAUGCUACGUCCUUUUGUGAUCUCCAUGAGGGGAGAAGGAUUGUAGAUCAGUGCAAGGUACACUUGAGCAAUUGCAUUGGCGGAGCAGAGAAGUCUCUUGAUUCUUCCCAGUUAACAUGUCCAUUUUGUUCAAAGACCUUUUUCUGCACAACUUGCAGAAGUAGCAGCACUGAAGAGGUUGUUUUUCGUCAAGGGGACGUUGAACAUCAAUGCCCAAAGUGCCUUCUGAAGUCCCCAUUAACUGUUAAGGGUCUUGAAACUCAAGUGUUCUGUACCUCAUCUAAACAUUGUGGUUGAAAUUCAAGUGCUGCUGGAAUGACAGAACCUCUAAGGAUGUUGAGAUGGAACAGAGUCAGAAGUGCUAUUCAAACCUGAAUUUUAAGUAACACUUCAGUUUGUGAGCACUGAUCCUCACAAAAAUAUGCCCGAAGGAGAGAAGAUAAUGGGUUUUUCAUGGAAGGACCACAGAGUGGAAGACUUGGAAUAACUUUAUAUUGGCUUGUAGCUGAACAGUUUAUCUGGAGCCAUUGGUAGAAUUUUCUUAGAUUUCCUUUAUGGAAAAAUACUUAAGAGAUUCUGAGAAAUGAGUGAUAACUUUCAUUUGUGUACAUGUACGUAGCUUGGCCCCUGUAAUUAGUUACACAUUACCCAAGGAAAAACUGUUAUAAUCUGUGUGAUGUUAAAUGUUUUGUGUCAGUAUUGUAGAGUACAAAUAAAUCUAAAGGCUGUUGUGGUAAUCAAAGGAAAUGUUCUAGGUUCAAACCAGGUUGGCUUGUAAAUGGAACCAGACAUAAAUAGAUAAUAAAACCAAGAUGAUGUUAACUACUGAGUUGUUUUUUUAAGAAAAUGUUAACCUUGAAGUGUAUAUUUUCCUAAAUAUUAUUAUUUUAAAAUUUGCUGUAAAAUUGGAAACGUAGAAGAGAAGAUAAUAGGGAAGUAAAGCCUGCUCUGUUUGUGUUAAUGUAAAGUUUACUUUAAUGUUUGGUUUCUAAAUCUCAAUCUUUUAGUUUUGAAAAUGCAAUUGUCACAAGAAUGGCUUAUGUACUAAGAUUCAUAUAAUAGAGCUUAUAUGUUGUAAAUAUAAUGAUCCCAUGUUUCUUUAUUAGGUUAGAUUUUUAAUAACAUCUUAUUGCAAAGAGCAUUCAUUCCCUAAUGCAGCCAUUUCUUCUGCUUACUCACUUUCCACGUCGGCUGAAUUCACUGAGACACACACAGCUUGGGGAAUGAGGUCAAGCAGUAGGUGGGCUGGAACACAAAGUAUUCGAUUUAGACCCACCACAUGCAAACCAGUAGUCCAGUAGAAGUAGCAUUUUUAUGCAGUAUUAUAUGAUGCAUUAUAGGAGAUUAUCUUCAUGAGUUCUUUUUGCAACCAGCAGUGCUAAAAAAAGAAAGCAUGGUUUCUUAUGUAAGCUCUCAUUAUCUGUUUCCCAUCCUGAGCGAAAUCAAUGUCCACCCAAUUGCUUCUUUAUCUUGUUAACUUCAUAUUAUCACAAUAAAACUUAAUUUAUAUCUAGGUAAAAUCUACAAUGAUUUUGUUUCAUAAUAUGAAAGCUGGUACACAUUUACUCAAUCCUGUUAAUGCAUAUUAGGAGAAAUGCAAUUACAUUGUUUUUUGAUUAAACUUCUUAUGUAAACUAGAUUACUUUUGUAAUAAAUGUUCUGAGUUGAGUAAGUGCAUUGGUACUGUGAAUUUGUUCAAACUUUUCUCUGCCUAAGGGGUUCAAAGUUGACUUUUGAAGAAAUAAAUAUUUUUGAUGAAGUUACAGAAUUGGGAUGUGCUGAUUCACAGACUAAUUAUCUAAUGUUACUGACAUUGCAUUUUCUCUAUGCCAUGGAAAUUACCUGUAUGUUGAGCAUGCACAUUUAUUGCAAUGGAUGCAACUUAAAAAACGAGUUGAAUGUCAUACAGUUUACUCAUUAAGAGGGUAAUGUUUUAGAACCAACAAACUUGUACGUGAACAAGUAUCUUUUUUGUUACAACUUUAUGUGAACCAAUUUCUUAGAAUGACGGCUUUUAAAAUUCCUGUUUGAACUCUAAGUUUGGCUUCUGCUCAAUUCACAAUACCAAAAUAGCUCUAGCAAAGAUUCACAGAUGACAUCCUCCAUGAGGUGUCCAUGGCAAGUUAAUCCAUUUGAACUUCUGGUAAAAUUGUCUUUGGCUUCCUCCUUUAACAGUUCUUGUAUGUUGGUCAUAUCCUUAGAAUUCUUUUGGAAUGUUUCCACUGCAACUAUCUCAUAAAGCCAUUUCCUUAAAUGUCUUACUUCCAUGUCCAUCUAGGAUCUGUUGUUGCCUUUCUGAUAUUUUAUAUUUGUAUUCUAAUUCUCCGGUAAUAGUUUCAUGUGUCUGCUCUGGGCAUCACCAUAUUCACUCAACUGUUUUUAAAGGGAUGGGGUUGAUAACCUCUUGCCCAUCUCUCCUCCUUUCACAGCUGGGCUUGGGACUGUCCAUGGUGGAGACAUGAUCCUCUGAAGAAUAUUUUCACCUCAUCUCCAUCUUAAAUGGUAACCCCUUGUAAAAUAAUGACUCCUAAUUCUAGUCAUUCCUAAAGGAGUAAAUACGUUAUUCAUAUCUACCCUGUCAAGAUGUUUUAUUUCACUUGAGAUGCCACUAACUCUCAUGUCUAUAAGUAUCCUCUGGAUUUCCUCUGCUGCUUGCUGUCUUUCUUUUGCCCAGCCAAAUCUGGUUGUUGGCUUUUUGCCAAGGCCUUCUGCUUUCUCCUCCAACUUGCUCUGUGUCCUCUGUAAUUUUAUCUCAUCAAUAAGACUUAUUUUAUUUUAUUGAGAUAUAGCACAAUUAAGAUAAAAGUGGUGACUGUCCAGUUUUCCUUUUCAAUCUCCAUGUCAUUGACGUCUCACUGUCCCCUUUGCUACUGUUACAAGAAAAAAAUAUACAUUCUUGAGCCCUCCAUUAUCUAUUUCCCAGGCCUACACAUUGUCACUUUUACAGUUACCAAAUCAGAUUUGGGAUCUUGACACACAACUGAAUCAGACACAAGUCAUAAAUGGUAGCUGGAGUGACUCUGCCAAUCCCUCUGUGGCAGUCUAUGACACCAUUCUUAUCUAAAACUUGGUAUCGAAUGCUCUGAUGUUCAAUCAUUUCUUGAACAUCUACUCUACAGCAAUUACUUCUCUUCCUACUUCCUACCAUUAUUUGGUCAUUUGCUUUUGUGGCUUUAAAAUGAUGUGCUUUCCUGCAACAAUUUAAUCUGCUACAAAGCAUUUUGAUACCUUCGGAGUGAUAAGGAAUGUAUUACAUAAAUGCUUUCUCUUAUCUCUUAGUGAAUUGUUGCAUGAAAAUGAGUUGUAGAAAUCUAGAACUUAAAACGGCUGCACACACUAUUGAUACAGAUGCAUGUGUUUCUUAACAUAAUUAGAUUUCAGUUUCAGAGCAUCAGACCAAAUAUGUAUCAUAGAUACUACUGCACAUGAUGAGCUUCUCGGAAGGCAUGGCUGUCUGCAGAUAUUCCACUGCACCACAAUCAAGAAUGCUGCUCUGUUGAAGUUUGAUGAUUCAGGUGUUAAUCUUAAAUUAGUUUGGAGUCAUGUUGAAAUCAAGGCAUUUAAACAGCUUAAUGUUACAGAUUUCAAAAAUUGAGAGUCAUUUUGUAGCCUCAGCAAGCAGCAUAAGGACCAAUAUCAGUUACAGCCCAAAAUAAAAUCUGGUAUGAUUUUACCUGUUCUGUAAAAUGAACCAAUGACUAGGUUGCAGGUAUUGACUGGAUUCUGUUAAAAUAAAGCGCAUCUGAUUAGAAUUGUUUGUUGGUACAUUAUGUGGCCCACUGUUAUCUAACAGCUCAAAUGAGGGGCUCCGAUUGUGUCCUUCAGAAACCAUCUGUAUUUUUAUUUGGGAACAGAAUGCACCCACCAGAGAAAUGCCAUCAAUCCAGAGGAGUUGACAGGAUGUCUGGUGUUUAAUCCUGAUGCCACGGCUAGGGAUGUCUGCAGAGGUAAUCAAUGAAUGUGGAGGAAGUUAGAAGAUGUUUGAGCCAUCUUGGAGAAACUGUGGAUAUACACAUAGUUGAGAAUUUUAUUUUCCUGUUUACGGCUUUUGGAUAAUCCAAGGAAUUGCAUGAUACUUUGUUCUGACUCUUGUUGCUGUAGGCUUACAUAUUCCGUAUCCUCCAUGAUGGCAUGUGAUUGACAUGUCUACUGUAUGUAAGCAAAGUAAGUAGCCAGAUUGGAUUUGAUUUAAAUUGAGCCUGGGUCAGCAGUUCAAACGGACCUUUGGAGCUCAGAGUAAAUUCACUACAUUGAACUGUGUUGACUGAUCAUGGAAAAGGGAACUGAAAGUAGUGCCCCAGGAGAUCAUUUUCUGAGGAAUAAAACUACAGAAACUGUUCUGGAGCAUUUGUGUUUCUCCUGAUUGACCUUUACAUACACUUGAACCCCUUAUUGGCUUAGAUUUUCUACUCACAUAAGAGGUAUAUCUAUAACUUCAGAAGAGGUAGAUCUAGAGGUUUUGUGAGUAGCCUGCGUAACAUCGCCAUGUGUUCUCAGUGUCAUCUCGAAAAUCUGGUUACAUCUCAGCCUGGUAUGAAAACACCAAUGCCCUCGAACAGAAAAUCUGACAAAAAGUAGUGGAUACAGUCCAGUCCAUCACAGGUAAAGCUCUCCCCCCCAGCGAGCACAUCUAUAUGGAGCGGUUUCACAGAAAAAUGGCAUCCAUCAUCGAAGACACCCACCAUCCAGGCCAUUCUGUCUUCUUGCUGCUGCUAUCAGGAAGAAGAUUCAGGAGCCUCAUGCUGACAGCACCAGGUUGAGGAACAGUUAUUAACCCUCAACCAUCAGGCUUUUGAACCAAAGGGAAUAAAUCUACUCCCUCCAAACUGAACUCUUCCCACAACCUAUGGAUUCACUUUCAAUGACUCUUAACUCAUGUUCUCAAUAUUUAUUGCUUAUUUAUUUGUUACUAUCCUUAUUAUUUAGGUAUUUUAGAAAAUAUUUAGUUUUUCUUUUUGUAUUUGCACAGUUUGUGAUCUUUUGCACAUUGGUCAUUUGAUUGUGUCCAUUUUUUCAUUGAUUCUGUCUUGUUUCUUUGUAUUUACUGUAAAUGGCUGCAAGAAAAUGAAUCUCAAUUGUAUUUUGUAACUCAUAUGUA